GACGCAAUAAAAUAUGUUAGUCUGAUCUUUGUGUUCCUAAAUCGUGUAGUCACUGUAGGAAACGGCUAGUCAUUGAUACUAGCCGAGAAGAAGUGGUGAUUUGAAGCUCUGUUGGGUAGGAAUAUACGACAAAUCCGUCAAAAUGGUAAGGAAUGGUGGACUUUAUAUUACAUACGAAUGGCUCGGUGUGUUAGUUGGUUUGAAAUGUAUGCAUUUGGCCCCUAGCCGCAAAGGUUGGCUAAGCUAACAUUAGCUCAUGGACAUCUUCAGCAUGCUAACAGAAGUUUGCCAAUUUAAUAUGAAAUAAAAUCGACCAGAUUGUGAGAUUAUUGAUAAUAUAUUUGGUGCAUUAAUAGAUUUAGUGAAGCCUCAGAUAAAGUUACAGGGCGUGAGUUAAAUCGAUAACCGAGAAAUUCUGUAAAAUGACAUAUUUAGCUGCUCCUUAGCUAACACUGCGGUGUUACAGCUGAAGUUUUCUGUUCAAGUCUAACCUGUUAUAGUUUUAUAAAACCGAAGAAAACCCGAGCUCUUACAUUAAACCUUGGAGAAGUUUUGACCCAUUCAGGGAAACACCACAUAGAUCACACAUUUACAGGUUGGGUCGUCAAACACUUAUCAUAUCAUGGAUUAACACUAGAGACUGAUCAGGGACCAGCUCCUGUCAUCACCAAAGCAAUAAACAGAAAAGAACUGAGGCAGGGGUUUGACAUUUAACAAUUAAUUAACUAAACAAAAUUUGUCUUCUCUGUGAGUUAUUAAAUGGGAACAGAUGUACAAAUAAUUAUCGACUGAAUUAUGAGCAAAUGAAGCAUUGGAUCACAAUUUAAGCUAAACACUUAGUAAGGAUGGAGUUGUCUGUCAAUCUGUCAAAACUAACUGUACACAGUGCAAGUUAAUGUAAAAGAUAACAAAGCAAAUCACUAUCUAACCACGUCUGUUUAAAAAGAACAAAAAGAGGAAAGAAUCAUGAGAAAUUAACAACGGUUCAUGUUUGAGUAAAUCUUCCCAAAGACAUUGGUGUUCUUAAACUCAAGUUGUAUUCAGGAUCCUUAAGCAUCACAUAGACUUUAUAAAUCACAGGUUUUGCCUCAUCCCCUGUGUUUAAAGAACAUGGUAACACCUCACAAUCGCUGCAGAGAUCAUGCAUAUUGUGAUAAGGGUGGUUCAAAAUGUGACACAUUUAGAAUGAACAUUAAAACACAGAUAUUUCAACUGCAUUAGCAAAAUUUAUAGAUCAACAAUAACAACUUUUAUCUUGAUGUAAUUUGAAGUUAGUUGAAUUUUACAAAAAAAGUUGAAAUAGUACAGAUCUUUAUUUUCACUUAGGUCAAAACUGCAAAAGCCAAUUCAGCUGUUCUUUGGCAUUGGAAACAGAGGUUCUACAGGCCUACAGACACUCUUAACUAAGUGGAAUAAUAGUGGAAAAAGUCAAGUACAAAAAGUAUAACAAAACUAUAAGUCAUGACUGAUUUUAAGAUAUCAAACAACUGUUAACUGAAGCCACACCUGUCUCCCUAUGCUCUGGUUAAGGUUUCUUAUCUUUUCCUCAUGAAUUUUUUAUCCCUAUUGCUCUCAGUGCUUCAUGUAACAAUUUCAAUCAUUAUUCCUGUUAUUGACCACUUCAGUCAUUAUUCCCUAUUUGUACAUUUUAUAAGAUAACAUGUCAGGUUUCCUUUCAAAGCUGGGAUAGACACAAUAAAAAUAAUUGAGUUUUUUUAUUGUUAUCUCUUAACUUUUUUAUUAUCAUUAAUAAGAAUUUUUAUGUACUGACCAGUACUGUUGGUAGUGAUUUCUGACAGUAACUGCAGUAACUUUGUACUAACUUAGUUCUUCUCUCUCUCUCUCUUUCUAGUCUAUUAUGUCCUAUAAUGGAGGGGCUGUCAUGGCCAUGCGAGGGAAGAACUGUGUGGCGAUAGCAGCUGACCGGAGGUUUGGCAUUCAGGCUCAGAUGGUCACCACAGAUUUCCAGAAGAUCUUCCCCAUGGGAGAGAGGCUCCACAUUGGCCUGGCUGGACUUGCCACUGAUGUUCAGACAGUGUAUGUGCCUUUAAACCCCAUGUCUUUCUCAAGCUGUUCUUUAAAGGGAUAUUCCAGCGUAAAAUUAUGUUAGGGUCAAACACACUGUAACACUGUUACGCACCCCGUCGAGAGAUGAAUGUUGCCGACUACUUGCUUCUCUAGUUAUACCAACUUUAUAAGGACCGCAGAUAGCAAUACAGAGAGCCACGCGCUCAACCAGAACGCCACUUUAUAGUCACAUAUAAUGUUCAGAACAGCACCUAACUUCAUCAACAGUACAUAUAGCGUCCCAGCCACCAAACAUCUUUUUAACUUUGCCUAAUUUCUUUAGCAAAGAGACUAAACACAACUCACACUCACUCUUCCAGCAGCCGCUUGUUUGUAGCGAGACCUGGGGCCAGUCCAUUACGGCUGCAGAGUGACACAGCUCAAGGAAGAACAUUUAUGAUCAUAACUUUAUAAUUUCCUUGAAGUAAUAAUCACCAUUUUAAUCAUUUUGCACUGCAGACGCGGUAGUUCUUCUGCCUUAGUAUCUCAGUCUGAUUGCAUUUCCAUGAAGAAAUGAUCAUAAAUGUUCUUCCUUGAGCUGCGCCACCCCGCAGCAGUCCAUAAUGGACUUGCCUGAGGUCUUGCUACAAACAAGCAGCUGGUCUCCUAACUCAGUGUUACGGUGUGUUUGACCCUAAAUUAAUUUUACACCAGAAUAUCCCAUUAAUGACCAGGGCAUGAUGACAGGAUUUAGUUGAAGCUACAGGAACCCACAACCUUCAGGUUACGAGCACAAAUACAAAAAAAUACUGGUUUAGAGGAGCCUGGAACUUUAAUCUGUUUUGACAAUACGGCUCAUUAAAAAGAAAGCAGUAAGAGUAUUUACAGCUUCUGUCUGUUACUACUACUUAAUAAUGCAGUAAGUUAUUGUCUUAAUGUUCAUUAAAGCCAGGAGUUAGUUUUACAUUUUUACGUGUGUGCAUUCUUUUACUAAUGGAUGACUUUGGCUUUUAUUCAGAGCCCAGAGACUUAAAUUCAGACUGAACCUGUAUGAGCUGAAAGAGGGUCGUCAGAUCAAGCCCAAGACCUUCAUGAGCAUGGUGUCUAACCUGCUUUAUGAAAGGAGGUGAGUGCACUGACUUUAAGUUGGAUCUAUUCGAAUGUGAACAGUACUGAUGUUCAGCUUGAAAGAGUGUAGUAAUUAAGUUUUAGUUACAGGCUAUGGUUAAUGUAUGAUCCUCCUCCUCAGGUUUGGGCCAUACUACAUCGAGCCUGUAAUCGCAGGACUAGAUCCCAAGACUUUUGAGCCCUUCAUCUGCUCCUUGGACUUGAUUGGCUGCCCCAUGGUGACAGAAGACUUUGUAGUGAGCGGCACCUGCUCAGAGCAGAUGUACGGCAUGUGUGAAUCUUUGUGGGAACCUGACAUGGUGAGUCACGUGAAGCUUCAAGUCCAUCCUAUACCUGUACAAAAGUUACAUAACACUUAGGGACAGUUAAUUUGCAAAUGAAUAUCCCUCUUAAGUUGCAAAGAAUUUCAGUUUGCAGGAACCUUCAUGAUUGUGGAAUACCUGAUGUAUGGGCAUUUAUAUGCAUGUAGAUUUAAGUACAACUGACUUCUUCGCAGGGGGAAAUUCCAAAUUACAGCAGCAUAAAUACAAAUACAAAAAGAGAAAUUAAAGGAUAAAGAAAUUUGAAGUUUAAAAAAUACACAUUUAUAUAUAUGUGCAUGAGUCUUUUUUACUGUAAGGCAUCUGUUUCUAACUUCUAACCUUAAUGGUUUCUUUGCUGUAUCCGUAAAGUAAGGACUUCAUCACUGUGAGGGAGGGCAUCAGUACCUCUGAGUCCGAAAAAGCAUGAAAAUUAUAGAUAUGUAUUUAACCAGUUAUGUCUCAUGAACUGGUAGUUGAAGAUAACAGUUGUUUUGGUAACUCUCUCUACAAGCACUUUUUCAUAAAAAAAAUCAUUCAUGUGUUUUCAAUGAUGUGUUUGCAGGAACCAGAGGACCUGUUCGAGACUAUCUCUCAGGCGAUGCUGAAUGCCGUUGAUAGAGAUGCAGUGUCUGGCAUGGGAGUUGUGGUACAUGUCAUGUAAGUGAAGUUGUACCAAGAACAGUACAGACAGAUUAUUGUAAUGUUUCCUGCAGUAAAUAACAGCUUUCUCUUUUUUUAUCUGGCAGUGAGAAAGACAAGAUCACUACACGAACCCUGAAGGCCAGGAUGGAUUAGAGCUUCUGUUAUUCCCUACUCUUCACCAACACAGAUGUUUUGUAUAAAAAUGAUCUACACUGCUUAUACUGUCGGUUUUUUCUUAUUCAAUAAAUAAACUUGGGUUGUAACCUUGACUAACA